AUGAACAAGACGACACCUGAUCAGAAGCUGCGAAUUGUUGAGGAAUGCCAAAAGCGUGGUGAAAUUGUCGCUGUUACCGGUGAGGGUGUUAGCGAUGCGCAAGCUCUUGCAUGCGCCAAUAUCGGCAUUGCCAUGGGCAUGACAGGUUGA